CAAAGUGCCAAAGUCGGUAAACAAAACCACAAAACAAUAUACAAAACUUGAAUAUUGAAUUAUGAAAGGCAGAAAAUGAAUUCAAUUAAUUUAAGAUAUAAAUUAUGCUGUAAAUAUUAAUUCUAUUUAGAAAUAACUAUAUUUUAACUGCUACAAUAAUCACAAUGUGGCCGAGGUUGCUUGAUAUGACUAGAGAGGAGUCUGUGGAGAGUUUAAGGAACUUAGAGUUACAAACCUACUCCUCUCUGGUAUCAGUCCUAAGAGCUCAAGGUUCCUUAAACAAUGAUAAAAGAAGAGUCCUAAAAGAAACUGGUAUUUUAUUAAAUAUUUCAAAGGAAAGGCAUAAAACUGAAGUACGGAAAGCUGUAAAUGAUGAGACACUACAUACAAUCGCUUACCAUAUGAAUGGUCAAAUCAACUCAAUUGAAGACUGGGCCAUAGAAGGUCGUAGAUUUGUGCCCUCCUUGCCUCGAAUCCCAAGCGAAUCAGUUUAUGUAGGUUUGGCCGAUGAAUUAUCUGAAUUAACCUCACUCGAUAACAACGAACUGCCACCUCCUUCAGAUACGCGAAGAACACAAGCAAGUCCGCAAAUAUCACCUGUUAGUUCUCCAGUUCCUACACAUUCUGAAGAAUGUACUGAAAACUCAAUGUUUCGAAUACCAGAAGUACCCAGAGAGGAACAACCGAAAAGAAAAAGGCAUCAUAGUAUUGGGGAGAAUAGUACUUUGGCACAACAUUUGCUGGGGACGAAGUCUUUGAGUAAAAUUCAACAAAUUUAUAGGCAAUCCUCAAAUACUGUCGAACCAGAAAUCUCAGAAACCUCCCCAUCAUCGGCCACCGAAAAUGUUGACAAAACAAAUAUCCAGCAACCUAGUGCCACAACACCGAAAAUAAACAUAAUUGAAAACAUUACUAUACCGAGUUGUAAAAAUAGUUUACAGGAUAGGACUAGUUUCAGUGUAUUUUCGCCCAAUGACAUUCAUGUACCAGUGACAGUGUAUCAUCAAAACUCAAUAGUGCAUCAGCCAGAACAAUUUUUGUCUAGUGACUAUCAAGCGUCUGCGAUGCACCAUAAACCUUUUAUAGGAACUUGUGAUAUUCAAAAUAUGCCAGUGAUGUUAGAUAAUGAAUUGCCGUAUAGUGAAAAUUCAUUUUUAUUUAAUGAAAAUUCUAUAGUUGGUGAAAAUCAAGUCGUCUCUCUACUGCCCUACAGUGAAAAUGAUACACAUCAUGACCAGCAUAACUUCGAACCGCAUAAUAAUAUUGAUGUAGUUGCUGAAGUCGUUGCUGAGCCUGAGCAACAAACAUUAAACGCCCCGCCACAAGUGAUCAUACCUAAACAAUUAAAUAAAAAAGUAAUUGUCCAAAAUCUUCCAACUAAUAGUAUAUUACAAAAAACCUUAUCGGUAUCUAGAAAUAAAUUGACCAAAUUAAAUAUGGAGAACUUUAAAUUUUUACCGAAUAGUAAUAUAAAAUUAGCGUCAAAACCCAAAAUGCUGACGCUCAAGAGUAAUAUGAGCAAAAAAAUUAUACCACUAUCACAUCUACAAAUGCUCCAAAACUCUAAAGGCAGCUUAAAAAUGGUAACACCUUCAUAUUUUUCUGACAGAACUAUAAAUUUCAAUAAUUGCAAUAAAAUCAUUAGAGGAAAUAAUGGUGUACAGCAACAAGAAAUGAAUGGUGCAGUGGUUGGAAAUGGAAAUAAUGUAACUAAAAUGGAAAUUGAGAAUGAUGUUCGGAUAUCGUCAGUGGAAGAAUUGGACAGUAAUGAUAGUAUGGAAACUUUGAGUACGGCAAGUAAUGAGAUGGAGGAAGUCAACUUUAUCGAGGAUUUAACAAUAACUCCUGAUGAUGAAAUAAAUGUGAAUGACUGCGAGUUCUUAAAAACGUACGAGGAAUAUCACAAUGAAACAAGCGAAGUAUUGGAAGAUUUUGAAAUCAUCCAACCAGAAGAAUUUUUAAAUUGAUUCUGAUAGAUGUAAAUAAUUAUUUAAUAAAUUAAUUUUAAAAUUUUA